UUAACAGAAAAAUUAAAACUCCUCCACAAAGAGAGAAAAGAGUAAAUCAAUUACAUUUAUCAAUGUAGUGCUCUUUACUAGUUUGUUUGUAGUUUUGUCUUGUGGAAAAGAGAGACCUUAUGAUUGAUUGGUCAUUUCAGACUGGAGGUUCACCAUACAACACCAUACAUGGCCUCAACAUGAGUCUGGAGGGCUGGGACCUUUGUAUGGUCAGACAUAACAGAUCAAACUCAGAAGGAUCCCUAUCGGAAGUCUCACGACCGCCUCAGGAGAUGGACCUUCCUGUUCUUGAGGCCACAGACACCCUGCACAGGAACUCAACCAAGUUUCUUGACUGCAGCCGGAGCCAGCAGUAUGAUGAACUGCGCAGGGCCUAUGCAGACAUCCUUUACCGAUGGGGCCUCCUCAAGCAGCGGGCAAUGGUUCUGAAGUAUUUACAAGCCCAACCACCAGCUCACAAGGGUGUUGAGUUCCCUACUGACUGUGUGCAUUGUGGUCAGUCAGCCAAGGGACCUCAGUGCAGAUACUGCCGCUGCUUUUCCUUCAGCUGUUCAAUUUGCCACGUUGCAGUCAAAGGAGCAAGCAACUUCUGUGUGGUGUGUGGCCAUGGUGGGCAUGCAUACCACAUCCUUGAAUGGUUUCGUGACCACAAUGAGUGUCCGACUGGUUGUGGUUGUGAUUGCAUCAAGGAAAUGGAUCACCUCUUUAAAUGAUGAUAGCAUCAGCAUUACCAAACAUAGAUGUGACAUAACAAUAAUGGGAAGCUGUGGCAAAGUCCUCUUCAGUAUGGGGGUUUUGGUAUUAAUUAAUACGAUAUAUUUUUCUAGAAGAAAAGUAAUAGGUAAGGAAAUUCCACAUACUUCAUGCAAUGAUAUGGUCCCUCCUUUAUUUAUUUGUUUUCCUCAACAAAAUGCAGAUAAGAAAUUUGAAAUCAGUCAUUUAUGUCGAAUUAAGUUCUAAAUUGAAAGUUUCUUGAUACUGCUAAGGAAAUUGAUGAGAGGUAAAUAGCACUUAUGGCCAACAAAUACAUGAUCUUGAAGAGAAAAUCUUUAUGUUCUUUUGAAAUUUGCUGCAUGUAUAUUGUUUUCCUUUUAUUGUUCAGGUUUUAUAACCUCUGAGUGUACUGUUGUGCUGAUUAUGAAACAAAAUUGAUUAUGAAAUAUUGGAAGCGAUUGCUAUCAAUUUGAUUUUGCAUCUUCUAGCAUAGUGUACCAGUAUGAUGAUUCUGAGUAUGCAUUAUAAAUAUAAAGUAUUCUUUUUUUAAGGAAAUACAUUGUGUUCAUGUCCAAGUAUUGUGAAAAAACAUUAGGUCAUGGAGGGACAGGCAUAGAAACUUUAAUGAUUUCUCAAGAGAUAUCUAGGGGCUGCAGAUGAACAUUCUAGUUAGUAACACAGAUGGCAGGGGAGAAUAUCAAAGGGCCUUGAUCACAGCUUUAACCACAUGUCAGAAGUAAGUGAUACUGUUUUUUAAAAGGUGAUUGCAGAGGAACAAAGUUCUGUUAGCAGGAGAUGGAUUACUUCUUUAGGUGAUGAUGGCAUGGCAAAAUGUCAGAGGAAGUAGGGUGCUGGUGAUGUUGCUGACUGAAAGGUGGUUUGUACAUACUCUUGUGUUUUUAUGAUUGUUCCUUUAUUGCUUUCCAAAUAUCUGAAGCAUGAAAUGAAGAAUACAUAUGUGAAUAUUGUAGUUACUUUUAGUAUUUUAGAAAUUGUUCUGGUAUGUUAAUAUUCUCUGUUAGGUUGUUAAUAAGUUACAUGUUCAUUUAUUAUAUCAUUUCUUUGUUUUCUGUAUAAAAUGUGGCAUUAAGUGAGGCUAUUACUUUAACUGUAAUAUCCUUUUGUAUGUUAUGAUCUGAAGGUUUGUAUUUUUGUUACUUGUAUAAAUUCCUAAGAAUGUAUUAAAAAAAAAAAGAAUUUUAAUGCUGAAAUGUAUUAAUUGUAUGGAGUAUAUAAAGGAGAUAUGAAUAUUUUUAUGUGCUGUAACUGUUCCUGUUUUUCAUCUGUGAUAUUAAAUGUUACUUA